AUGGAGUCGGUGGGGAAAUAUUUUGACUUUAACAUGUUUACAUCUCUGAAGGAGAUUGUUGAUCCAGAGGAAAUUGCUUUACAAAUUCGUAAAAAGGGAUUGGUACGGAGCAAUGUGUUUAAUGAUUGGAUGUCUUAUAAAGACAGUGGAGAGAUUUGGCAAUGGAUUUUGAAUCAUAUAGAAGCUUAUUUAUCGUAUCAACAACUUUGUGAAAUUCUUUGGGAUUCUGGAUAUCAAAAUAUUGCUUUACAAUUUUCACAAAGUCGACGUUUUCGCAAAUUACUGAAUGUACAUGAUACUCCGAAGAGCAGUUUUAUAGAUCCUAACCCAGAGGAAAUUUUUAUAACACUGAAAACGAAAGCAUACAACAAAACUUUAACCUUGUCUAGGGGGAACUUGAAAGACCGCCUUACAAGGUAUACUUCCAUCCUCGAUAGAACGAGUGAUCAUGAAAAACGAAUGCAAAUCGCAGAUAAACUUGCAUAUUCUUUAUGUGCAGGUAUUGAUACAGUUAUAAUGACGUUCAAAAUGAAAGAUCCAGUUUCUCACGAAUGGUUUACAAAGCUAAAAGAUGUUAUAAAAGACACAACAAAUACAGAAUUAUUUACAGUUGCUUAUCAAUCACGACUUGCUAUAGGUAAUGCAACCAUAGGAAGCCUGGAGGAAGCUGAAAAAUAUUUAUUGGCAGCACUCUCAGAAUCUUUCAGCCUAGAUGGUUGUUUAGUUAUCAUUAAUUUGUUUUAUUUUGCUGUGUAUAUAAAAGGCUGUGAAUUUGAAAAUACGCCGACUAAGGAUGUACAAAAUGAGAUUCUAAAGUACAUAGAUAUGGGAUUAAAGACGCUAGAAUCACGAACAGAUGAGGAACGGAAGUUUUGGAAGAAAAUGUAUAUUCAACGCAAGAUAUUUUGCUAUCUGGGAUUGUCAAACAAAGCUCGUCCUAUCUUAAAUUAUGAUAUUGAAAAGAUGCAUAUGGAUAUAGCAAAGAAGUUACUGACUGAGCUUUUUCAAAUGUUCCAAACUAUGGAUGACCGUAGGAAGCAACUGUACUGGGUAGCUAAAGCAAGGCUUGCGCAGUUACAGGGUUUCGAGAAUUUGGCUUUGAAGUACUUAGAUAAUGCUCUAGAUUUAGACAUUGAUGAGGAAUUUGGAGAAACUCGUCACAUAAGAGAGUAUAAAUCAUGUCUAAAUGAUUAUGCAUUAUUCCCUGAAAGUACAAGCAAUGCCAGGGAUAUGGAUUUGCAAUCGGAAGCUCACACCCCGGAUAAUGUUUCAACAGUUGGUAAGUUUUCAAACUUCUUUUAAAAUACUUGUCAGAAUGAGUGUUCUCCUUGAAGUAACAUGACAUGAUUUUGUGACUACAUGUAUCAAAC